AUGGACGACAUGCUAGAAUGGUAUGCCAGUCUUAGCUCCCAAGUUCUCGAUCUGGUGAGUGACUACGCAGGACAAGAGCUGUUUUGUCUUGAGGGAGACUCCGUCGUGCUUCAGUGCCUUGACGAUCCUGCUCUUGACUUUAAGUCUGGGUUCCAGCUCCUGCAGGGCGUUUACAACGUUGAGCGCCUUCUCUUUAAGUUUUUGUCGACGAAAUGCAAUUUUCACAUAGUCUUCUUUGAUGAGAACCAAGGGAUUUCUACCAAAGCACCCUCAAAUAUCAAUCGUUCCAAGUAUCAGUUGGCGCGAGAGAUUAUCUAUCAGCAUCUCAAGAUGCAUAUUCAGGAUCAGUACCCUGACCUUCAAGUUCUCCGGUUUUCCUCUAUGAGAUCUCCUGAAUUUCACCAGUAUGUCGAAACGUACAGUGUCUACUUCGUCAUGUGCCACAAUGGAGUGCUGCAGGAUAGACGUCGGCUCAUCGAUGAUACACUUCGCGUUAUCGGUAACAUGAUGACUCUUGGACUGGAUGUGGCAAUCAUCAAUGAGAUCGAGUGGCGUGAUAGCAAGAUUCUGACCAGAGUCAUUCAAGCGAGCUCAUCCACGCGCCAGUUCAUUGAAUCAGAAGCGAAGGACAAGACCAAGAAGCCGCCAUACUUUUCUAUGUGCACCCAAGUUCUCCAGUCUAUUGCAGAAACAAACGGUCCUCAGGUCAGUUUGGCAAUGACUAGUAGGGAGGCUUUGACUGUGGCAGUCGCAUCGGUAGUCUUGGCCCAGAAUCGAAAUGAAGCAUCCAAACUGAUGAUAGCUAUCCUGCUAUUGCAUCUGGCUUGCCUCAAACGAUUAUCUCUGCAGCAACGAAGGACUGCGAGGCUCGAGAUACCAAAUGAGGGGAUGUACAACAAAUUCGUUAAAAAUUUCAGCAAGGUAGCAACGACCAUACUUCAAACAAACGAAUGGAAUGGCUUAAAAACAAACAAAUCCUGGGGAGAUCUGCAUGACCUAUUUGAUGGCAGGCUUUUUAGGUCUUGCGCUGCGUAUUACUCGGUGGAGAAAGUAGCUCAGCUGAGCAGCCUCAUCAGUGACGAUUGGCAUACUAUUUGGACCUGCUUGAAUCGUAUCGAAGAACUAGGCGGUCCCGAAGUAUUCUUCUCUCAGAGCUAUCCGUACACGGCGACCUUGCAGAAUAAAGAGCCCGCCUUCAAUGACGAACAUGAAAACGAUCAAGACGAUGAGGAGGACGAAGAGGAGGACGAAGAUGAAGGAGACGAAGAAGAUCAAUAUGAUAAAACGGAUAAAGACGAUGCAAGAAAUGAAGAGGAUGAAGACAUGGAAAGCAAGUAUGCCUUGUUGCCGUUCGAGCACCCAACAUUUGAUCAACAUCUCGCCAUCGUACGCGUAGUCAUCCAGAACUCGCAGGAGGAAUAUCCCGAGAAAGGCUUCGAGGAUAAGACGCAUUGGCAUACUCCACGUUUGCUUGAUUCCAAGCGAAGGACACUUCCUCAAAAACCAACAACCAAAUGGAACAAUCCUGCGCGACGGAACCAGGAAAGAUUUCGAGACUUCACCAAAUACGCAGCCAGUCUUACCAAUGCCAAGGGCAAUGCGCUCGAACAACAACUCCUCGAAUUGCAAAAGCUAGACCUUCAUCAUCAGGUGGACGAUGUCAGAGCUUUCUUAGAUCGGCAGGAGAGCCGGAAGCGAGUUUUCCUCGAGCCCGAGCUCCGCCUAUACCUAUUGACUCUCCUUGUGGUUCUGUGGCAGAAAGAGACCUCGCCUCAGGAAGAGGAUAAGCUCGUCGCCUCAGCGAGGGAUGUCUGGGACCAAAUUCGAACUCUCCGGCACAAAAUCAACUUCAUGACCCACGAAAUGUAUUCGAUGUUCCAUGACAUAUGCUGUAAGCUAAGCAUCCAUGAUACACCAUCGCCGUCCUCCUCUCUUCCGUGUCGGCAGUUGUGUUUUCAUUUCGAUAUUAGUUGCAUUAAACUACGCCAGCUGGGUGCGCCACUUACCUUUCAAGCCUUUCAGCUGCUCCAUUGUGGGCCAUUUAUGGAUCGCCAGACUGGCGCACAGCCCGACGACCGCGUGGGCUUUGAGCCGGACAAAUGGCAGAAGGAUGUCCUCGAUGAGCUUGACAAGAACCAUAGUGUCUUCGUCGUAGCCCCAACCAGUGCGGGAAAGACAUUCAUCAGCUUCUAUGCCAUGUCGAAAGUGUUGCAGGAGGACGACGCUGGAGUCCUGGUCUAUGUAGCUCCAACAAAGGCGCUGGUGAAUCAGAUCGGUGCAGAGAUCCAUGCACGUUUUCGGAAAAGGUACCCUGGUCCUGAGCAGACAGUUUGGGCUAUCUCUACUCGCGAUGUUCGCAUAAAUGAUCCUUUGAAGUGUCAGAUCUUAGUGACAGUGCCUCACUUUCUCCAGAUUAUGCUUUUGUCCUCAUCAAACGCCACCACAUGGGCUCCUAGAGUCAAAUGCAUAAUCUUUGAUGAGAUUCACUCGAUAGGCCAUACCGAGGAUGGUUUGGUUUGGGAGCAACUCUUAUUGCUCGCUCCGUGUCGUAUAAUCGCUCUUUCCGCAACCGUGGGAAAUCCGUCAGAGUUCGCUGAUUGGCUUCAAUCGACACAGAACAACAUGGGGGUGACUCUCAAGCUGAUUCAGCAUACGCAGCGUUACUCAGACCUUCGGAAGUAUUUCUAUAUGCCGGCUGAUCGUCCCUUCGUAGGCCUCUCCCGAUCGAGGCACAAGGGCCUCCUUGAGCCCAAAUAUAUUGAGGGCUUGCAACCCCUUCACCCAAUCACCAGCCUUCUCAGCAAGCAGCGGCAAAUUCCUGAGGAUCUUUCCCUUGAGCCGAGGGACUGCUAUACACUUUGGAGAUGUAUGGUAAAGUACUCAUCAGUCGAUUUUCCUGUGCCAGAAUCUCUGAGUCCACAACUUGCCCUUCCAUCGUUCAUUAGGCGGAGCGAUGUGUAUGAAUGGGAGGCGCAGCUGAAAGAACUUCUAUCGACAUGGAUGCAGGAUUGUCACUCUCCGUUUGAAAUGGUGCAAAGCGAUCUGGAGGCUAUCUUCGCACCAGCUCAAAGAUUGAACAUUUCAGAAAGCAAUGAAGAGAACCCGAGCGAUCUAGUGGCUCCCGAACGUCAACUCACGACAAAGGAGCUAUGCACAUCUGUGUUCCCACUCCUCGUGGAUUUGCAUUUCCAAAAUGCCCUACCUGCUCUGCUUUUCAACUACGCACGGACGACAUGCGAAAAAAUCGCGACAACCACUCUAGAGCAUCUAGUCAAAGCUGAGGACAAGUACAAGAGUGGUGCAUCAUGGAGGCAGAAGGUGGCGGAGUACGAGAAAUACAGGAAACUCACGACCAAGAAAGCUCAAAACGGUGAGAAAAGCAAGAAAAAGAGCAAUACUAAACAAUCUCGAGAGGAAACUGAGAGCACCGCAAAGGAUGUGGAGGAAGAUAAUAGUCCAUUCAAGAGAUUUGACCCGGACAGGCCUCUAGAGCAAUUUUCGUUUGCCGAUACUCACAAGUUCGACUGGAGUGAGCUUCUCGAGGAGAUAGAGAUGAUGAAAGGGCGCAAGGUUAAGCCUCUGCUACUUGAAGCUCUGAAGAGAGGAGUAGGCGUCCACCAUGCUGGAUUGAAUCGUCGUUACCGCCAGUGCGUUGAGAGGCUAUUUCGCGCGGGAUUCUUGCGUGUCGUGGUAGCCACUGGAACGCUAGCUUUGGGUAUCAACAUGCCGUGUUCGACCGUGGUUUUCUGUGGUGAUAGCGUCUUCUUGACCGCGCUCAAUUUCCGUCAGGCUGCUGGUCGAGCAGGGCGUCGAGGAUUCGAUCUGCUCGGAAAUGUCAUCUUCCAUGGCAUUCCCCGUCACAAGGCAUAUCAAUUGAUGAGUUCACGGCUUCCGGAUUUGAACGGGCAUUUCCCUAUCACGACCAGUCUUGUGCUUCGACUGUUCAUCCUUCUUCAUAAUUCCAAGGAGUCGCCAUACGCAGUACGGGCAAUCAAUUCUUUGCUGUCUCAGCCACGCAUUAACUUCGGAAGUGCCGAGUCCAAGGACAAGGUACUCCAUCACCUCCGCUUUUCCAUUGAAUAUCUGCGACGCCAGGGCCUUCUCGGGAGACGCGGAGAGCCAAUUCGCUUGGCUUCUAGCAUUGCGCAUCUGUACUACACUGAAAACAGUGCUUUCGCAUUUCAUGCUCUUCUUCGUGCAUGCUACUUUGAGGAAUUGUGCAAGCAGCACCGGAAGAACACCGAGAAGAAGCUGAGGACGUUGAUGAUCGUGCUUGCCCAUCUAUUUGGAAGAAAGUCUCUCGGCUAUCGAUAUGAGGAACUUCUGACCCGGAGACAAGAGUUGAAGUCUCCCUCGGUUGUGCUGCUGCCGCCGCUGCCACCGAAUGCCGUAUCGGCGAUUCGAGCCCAUAACCAGAGCAUUCUUAGGACGUAUACAGCGUAUGUCGAGACAUUCGUCAAACAGCACCUGAAAGAACCCGAGUGUGAAUUGCCGCUUAGCAAAGUGCCAGUCGGGGGUAGUGGGGACCGACAGCUCAGUCGCUUGCUGGGGGUACUGGAAGCGAAUCAAUCACGUUCAGCUUUUGUUGGGCUCUCGGGUCACGGUGAUCAAUUCAAGAGCAUGAAUGACCUCUGUAAUUCGGUCCGGUCGGGCGUGUUUCUCGAGCAGAGUGUCAUACCACACCUUGAUGUUUAUCCGGAUGGGGGUAUGGCACCUUUGAAUGCCUAUUUGUAUGACUUUUUCUCUCACAGAUGUGUGGAACCCCUUGAGGUCGCCAAUUUCAUCUCUCGUUCUGACACGUGGUUUCUGCUGAAUGACUUCUCCCUGAUUCUGGCUACGAUCAUUGUUUCUCUGCAAGUAUAUCUCGAUCCCGAACUGAAGAGUUCAUGUUCGGAAGAAAUGUUCGCCAGUGAUGAUUCUUCGUCAACUCCUUCGGUCGAGGAUGGAGAAGACGAAAUAUUCGAUGCUCAGUCUGCGGGUCAAAACGUCGAGUCGAAGCGCACUGAUAACCAAGUUCCUCAGGUGCGACAAUCACUUGGAAAUACCAGGGCCACGAUUGACGAGGAAGUGGUGGAGAAAUGGGACGAAGGUAUGAGCGAUGACAGUGAUCCCUUCUCCGACGAAGACAGUACCACAGAGGCUCCAGGUAUUCUGCAUGAGGACCGAGCUUCAAUGGUGUCGUUGGAGGUGCUGAGCGCCUUCCGCGAGUUAAAGGAGCAGUUCGACGAGAAGUUCCAUGCUAUCUUCGCUUAA